AUGUCAGAGGUCCAGCUGUAUGUCUAUGACUUGUCCAAUGGUCUCGCAAGGGCCAUGUCGCUAGCUUGGACCGGUCGACAGCUGGACGGCAUCUGGCACACUUCUGUCGUCGUGUACGGUCUCGAAUUCUUCUACGGCCAAGGAAUCUCAACGGUUCGGCCGGGCACAUCGCACCAUGGCCGUCCCCAACGGCAGAUCUCGAUGGGGAGGACAGAGAUUGACAAGAUGACCUUUACGGAGUACCUAGACGGCUUGCGUGAUCGGUGGACAGCAGCAGAUUAUCAUUUGCUCGAGCACAAUUGCAACAACUUUAGCGAUACCGUGCUCGAGUUCCUCGUCAACCAGCACGUGCCUCGAGAUAUACUAGACUUACCGGCCGUGUUUCUGUCGACGCCGAUGGGUCAGCAGAUGCGCCCGAUGAUCGAUCAGAUGUUCAGACCGAGAGGCGCUUCCAAUGUCGAGCCAGAAGCUGCAGUCGCAUCUCUCACUCGAGCUGCAGCUACGAACGGCCAUGCGUCAGCUUCAACGGCUGCUCAGGCCAUCUCAUUACCCAUGCUCGACGCGUUGAAAGACAAAGUAGUCCGCUUCGAGCAGGUGCCCAAUGUCGAUUCGGCCAUCAGCAAACUGUCGCUUUGCUUCGAAGACGUCAAAGACGAGCGCGCUGGAACAACAACACAGACGAUACGCAGUAUCCUGCGACCCUACCUGAUCGCCUUUGAGCGCAAAGCAGUCGGCAUCCAAUUCGCGUCGCCACCGAAACCUGCGCUGUUAUUGGCCAUGGCAAAGGCAUUCACUGCCGCGAGUCAGCUCCUGCCAAACGACCAACUCUUUCCUAUAUUUGACCUGCUCCGCUUCGCGAUGCUGGACAAGCGAAUCGCGGCGGGUAUCGCGGUCAUGUCAUCUAUCGAUCUCUUUGGCACCUUGCUGAGCACGUCGAUCGAAACCCCAGCGGAGGCAAGGUUGACGAUGCUCACUUCGUUGCGUUUGUUUGCCAAUUGCGUCGGCCAAAAGACUAUCGCUGCGAAGCUUGAUCAGGAUCAGCUCAAGCAGCUGGCUUUGCUCGGCUUGGAACACAGCGAUGCUGGUGUCAGGGCAGCUGCAGCAUCACUCGCCUUUGCAAUCCGGCAGGCCAUGAACAAAGCUACCGAGGAGGACGAGAUCGAGCUCGCGUCGGCCCUUGUGCAUCCUCUGACGAGCGAGACAGCGCCAGAGACGGCCUAUCGCCUCGUCGGCGCAAUCGGCUUGUUACUGCGGAUGUCUGAGCAUCAAGAGCCCCUGAGAGAAUUGCUAGAAGUGCUCGAACUCAAAGCAGCACUCAGCAAGCUGCGGAGUCUCCAUGGCUUGGACCUCAAGGCACUUGCAUUGUCGGACGAACUUGUCACACUGUUGUAG